AUGGCUACGAACAAAGUGCCAGAGAACCUCAAGCAACGAUUGAAGGAGUCAUAUGACGCCAUUGCGCCCAAAUACAACGAGUGGACAAUACUUCAUUCGCAGUAUCGCCUCUAUUAUCUAGACAAAUUACUUAACCUUCUCAACGCCACAGAGAAGUCCCAGGUUUCAACAUUAGAACUUGGUUGCGGAUGUGGAAUACCAGUGACACAGAAGCUUCUGAGUCACGAAACAUAUCAUGUAACGGCAAACGAUCUAUCUAGCACUCAACUGGAGGCCGCGCGAGAGAACUUGCACUCGGACGCCGCAGGCGAUCGGCUGCGGUUAGUUCCAGGUGAUAUGACAGAGCUAUCAUUCGCUGCGGGCUCGCUUGACGCCGUGAUUGGCAUGUAUAGCUUGAUUCACUUGCCAAGCUCUGAGCAGGUGUUGAUGAUUGAAAAGAUCGUGGGAUGGCUUAAGCCUGGGGGCUACAUGCUUGCGAAUUUUACUGAGGAGACGAUAGGCGGUGUAGUAAACGAGAAAUGGCUAGACGAUAAAGGUUGGGUAUACUGGAGCGGCCUCGGGGCUGAGAACACAGUGCAAGUAAUCAAGGAUACUAGUCUGAAUGUAGUAGUCAGUAAAGUUACUAAGGAUAUAGUGGAUGCAUCCUUUCUUUGGGUUCUUGCCAAAAAGGGGUUGCAGCUUUGA